AUGGCCUCUUCGCCGACCCCACAAGGAGGAGCAUUACUUCCUUCAAAAACUCCCGAUAGGUCUGAGAAGACUUCAUUUGAUGACAUCCGACAAUUCUCCCGGUCGCCUCACCCUUAUCACCGGAAAGGGUUGAAUUGCCUAGACCCACAAUCACAGCCGGCGGAUUACUGCCACUCCCAGCAUUUACAGUGGCCAAGGACAUCCAGCGAUAGUGGCACCGAAGCAGACGACGAGAGCACGGGCAUAUUAAAGGGUCUUCCCGCUCCUCCUCUUCGUCCACGAAAAGGGUUACGCCCUGGUUGGAAUGGUGCCUCGGAGAAUGGGCAUUGGCUGCCGGUACUGAAGCCUUGGCCUUCGCUUGUGCGGUCGGCCUCCCGGGGCUCGCAACGAAGCUCUAGCGAAGAAGCAGAGGCGAGUGUGACAGAGUUGCAAGAGACAGUCUGCAAGAGACAGUGCAUUGAGAUCCUGCGCCGGCUGUUGGAAACGUCGUUGUUCCUCUCUGUUGGCGUAGUUGGUUUGGCGCAGGAUAGUUCCAGAUCGCUUGCCUGGGCAUGGAGGAAAGAGCUCUUGACCCAUACUCUUCUCGUUACCGGCCUAUAUGCGGCAUACCCAUUGACUAAAAAUGGACGCAUACGACUUGCAAAUCUGUCAUCUUUUGUUAUUCCAUCCACCUUCGAUCCCGCCCCGCUCCUCUAUCCAAUCCUCAUACCAAUUUAUGUUUCUCUGUCUUUGUCUCAUCGUGGCAUCGCUCUUGUGCUACCGAAUAUCCUUCUUAGUCUCUCCUCUCUACCGGGCGCAGUCGUUCCACUGUACGAGUGGAACCACGGCGGCAGUAUUGUGCACUGGAUGAUUACGCUGAUCCCAAUUGUUGUCUCUGAACACCUCUCUGGAAAUAGCCUUACUCCCUUGCCUCUCAACCUUCGCGGCCUUAAUUCCGAACUUUUGACUCUUGUUUUCCCUUUGCAUCAAGCUUUGAUACCCACUUUAGAUUUCUUAUUGACUACCAGUGUCCUUCCAGCUGAAUUGCAGCUUUUGACAAGUGCUCUCAUUAAUCUGUUUCUAUUUGCGGCUUCUCCUCAAGCGGAAAUUCUGAAGGCGCUUCUAUGGCUUGGUGGCCUGUGUAUUUUUAUCUCUUGUCGACAAGUCCUUCGCUGGGAGGUGGCUUUGGCCAGAAUCCCCAGUUGGAAAUUUCGGCGGUCUCCCAGAGCCUCACACGCUCCAAAGAAUAUCCUUAAUGUCCUCGAUCACAAGCUCUGUCAGAGACUGAGCCGAACGACCUUCGAGGAGGAGGUCAUGUCAGACAGUGACUCACCUGAGAGUCACUUGGCACCCUUGCCGCGCAGGACGACGCAUGAGCUGCGAGAGAAAGUUUCAUCCGGAGAACAACCAUUCGCGGCUGAUAAGUUUCCCAGACAACAGGCUCAGACUGCCCAACAACGACGGCACACCUUAGCGAGCUUUGAGGAUGCUGUGCGUUCGGAACGGGUCAGGACCACCCCAAGUGGCCGGCGAAAGCGAUCAAUGGCCCCGGGUUUGGCAUCGUUUCUAUCUUUAACGAUACCACAAGCACAGGUACGGAAGUGGCUAUAUGCCCUGUAUGUGUAUAUUGCCGUACUGGCCAUUAUUUUGGGCCCUGUCCGCAAGUACGUGGGCGAACAUGCGUUGCACGGAGCAGAGCCGUUCGGAUGGGCGCUAGGAUACUUGCUCGGAAAUGUGUCCUGGUUUCGAUUCUGGGUGGUCAUGUGGAACCUGGAACAUUGGAUUCCUCUCCCCAUUCGGUGGGAUAGUGAGUUGCUGAGUGCAUCGUAUACACAGGGCUGGGUGGAGAACCUCCGUCAAUCCACCUUUGGGGAGGCAAAUACGCGUCUAUUGAUCAUGGCAUACUGCACCGUGGUGAUUUUGGUUGGGCUGGCCAUCGUAUUCCAGCUCAGCUCCGUUGUUGAGGUCGAUACAAGACGCAAAGUUUUCCAUGGAAUGAUGGUGCUGAUGUUUCUUCCCACCAUCUACAUCGAUCCUGCAUUCUGCGCCCUUGCCUUGGUCUUAGUGCUGGCAAUUUUCCUUCUCCUUGACCUUUUCCGGGCCUCCCAGCUACCACCGAUUUCGCGACCCUUAACCUAUUUCCUUGCCCCUUACGUUGAUGGGCGCGACCACCGCGGACCGGUCAUCGUGUCACACAUCUUCCUCCUAAUUGGCUGCUCCAUCCCCCUCUGGCUCUCGCUGACGGAUGUCCCACGAGCGGAAGGCCGAGGAGCAUUGAGCGCGUGGGAUGUGCUGUCUAGGGAUGUGAGCAUGGUUAGUGGGGUCGUCUGCGUCGGUAUGGGUGAUGCAGCUGCGUCGCUCGUUGGCCGUCGUGUCGGCCGACUCAAAUGGUUCUGGGGUGGAGGGAAAUCCCUCGAAGGCAGUGUAGCAUUUGCGAUCGCGGUGACCAGUGGGUUGGUUGUUGCACGGGCGUGGCUUGCUAUGGGCCAAUGGCGCGUAAGUGGAAGCGAUGGGGAGGAUUGCCUGGCCUGGUUGGUAAUGGUGCUCAAGGCCACCGUUGCGGCUGCAGGCACCAGUGCGACCGAAGCGAUUCUCACUGGGUGUAAUGACAAUGUCGUUGUGCCCGUUAUUCUCUGGCUGUUGGUCCGAGGAUUGGGUCUUUGA